AUGGAGCGCCCAGCCUGGAUCGCCAGGCAGCUCGCCUCCAAGAUCCACAUCCAGUCACGUGCAUACGCAACACACGGGCUGGAAAUCCCGGCAAAGAAGCUCAAGUAUGUGCCCAAGACGGGCACAUUCCCGCUGGGCUUCCGCGUCUCGGCUGUCAAUGUUGGCGUCAAGCCCUCCAACACCACCAAGCCCGACCUGGCUCUGAUCACAUCCGAUACCCCUUGUUCAGCUGCGGCUGUCUUCACCAAGAACAAGUUCCAGGCCGCCCCCGUCACCUUCAGCCGCGACCUGCUCGCCAAGACUGGCAACCGCAUCCAGAGCGUCGUCAUCAACUCGGGCUGCGCGAAUGCCGUCACCGGCAAGGGCGGCCUCGAGGACGCCGCCAAGAUGUCCCGCGAGACCGACAACGUCACCGGCGCCUCCGACUCCACCAUCGUCAUGAGCACCGGCGUCAUCGGGCAGAGGCUGCCCAUGGACAAGAUCAUCGGCGGCAUCCCCAAGACCCACGGCGCCCUGGGCUCCUCCUUUGACCACUGGCUGACCACCGCCAUCGCAAUCUGCACCACCGACACCUUCCCCAAGCUCAUCUCGCGCGAGUUCACCCUGCCCUCCGACACCAACCGCACCUACCGCAUCGCCGGCAUGACCAAGGGCGCCGGCAUGAUCCACCCCAACAUGGCCACCCUGCUGGGCGUCAUCGCCACCGACGCCCCGGUGUCCCCCGCCGUCAUCCCGGGCCUGCUCCGCGCCGCCGUCGACAGCUCCUUCAACUCCAUCACCAUCGACGGCGACACCUCCACCAACGACACCGUCGCCCUGCUGGCCAACGGCGCCGCGGGCGGUGCCGAGGUGGCCGACGACAAGAGCGCCGACUACGCCGCCCUCGCCGCCGCCGUGCGCGCCCUGGCCACGGAACUCGCCCAGCUCGUCGUGCGCGACGGCGAGGGCGCCACCAAGUUCGUGACGGUGCAGGUGACCGAGGCCAAGUCCGAGGCCGCAGCGCGCAAGGUCGCCAGCACCAUCGCGCGCUCGCCCCUCGUCAAGACCGCCCUGUAUGGCCGCGACGCUAACUGGGGCCGUAUCCUGUGCGCUACCGGCUACUCGCUGCUCUCUGAGCCAGGCGAGCCCGUGAAUGAGGUCGCCGAGGUCGUCCCCGAGAGGACGAACGUGUCCUUCGUACCCACCGAUGGCUCCGCCGAGCUGAGGCUGCUCGUCGACGGCGAGCCCGAGGCCGUGGACGAGGCGCGCGCCUCUGAGAUCCUGCAGGCUGAGGAUCUGCAUAUCCUUGUCAGGCUGGGCACGGGUGACAAGGAGGCCAAGUACUGGACUUGUGACUACAGCCAUGAGUAUAUCACGAUUAAUGGCGACUACCGAACAUAG